AUGACCGACAUUUCACUAUCAUCUGCCGAACAAGAUCUUCUUAACCAGGGCCUUAAAUGUUCUGCACCUCUCAAGCCUUCUUCUGUACUUUUAGACUCGUUCACCUCACAUAUUGAAAACAUUUUUAAUCGGUGCAGAUUAGAAAAUUUUGCCACCAUAACAUUAGAAACAACUAACAUCAUCAAAUCCUUCUUAAGACAUCAAACUACAAAAUUUGGGAGUUCUUCCUCUGUCAUAAAAUCAUUGUUGAACAAAAUCAACGUAAAAAAUCUCUUGGUCACCAAAGCUUACAAGGGCAACUGCACCGUGAUCAUGAGAAUGUCUGAUUACAUUUGCAAAACUGAAGACUUCCUAAAUUCAACAGAUUUCGACAGAACCCCCAAAGAUCUCAUACCUGGUUUUCUUAAGAAGGUAAAUUCUACCAUCAAACAAAAUAAAGAUAUUUUGCAGCUUUUCAAUUUUAAAAUAGAUUGGCUUAUCUCGUCUGUACCGGUCACUCCUCUGUUAUAUAGUUUGCCAAAGAUCCACAAACCAGGCAUACCCGUUCGCCCAAUCGUUUCCUUUGUUGGCACCACUGCCCACGGCUUGUCUUCCUUCCUCGGUGAUGUUUUUCAACGCCAUUUAGAUUACAGAUCAGAAUUCUCUAUCAAAAAUUCUUCAGAACUGGUACAUCAGAUCAAAGACCUCAAAUUUCCCGAGGGAGCAACCAUGGUCUCCUUCGAUAUAGUCAACUUAUACCCAUCUACUCCACCGGUUGAAGCCGCUGAAUUAAUCAACCAACUUUUGGCCUUUUCCGAUCUUAGCGACGAUGUUGGGUCUUCUCUCUCAGCUUUACUAAAAGUUUGCCUGGAGCAGAACUUUUUCAAAUUCAACAACCGAUUUUACAUCCAAAAAAAACGGCCUAAGUAUGGGAUCUACCCUGGCGCCAUUGCUUGCAGAGUGUUUUCUUAA